GAGCAGCGUCAGAGACAACGACGAGCAGUAGUAAGGCAAUGUCAAUCGAGCAGGACGGGGUCGGUGGCGGCGAGGCAGGUCGGGUUGCUGGCGACUUGGACGACAAGGACGACGACAAGGACGACCAAGACCAAGACCAAGACCAAGACGACGAUGAAGACGAAGACGAAGACGAUGAUGAUGAUGAUGAUGAUGAUGUCGAGCUUAACAUGGCCACGUCAGCACCGGGAACGCGACCGACACCGGCAUUCACACGCCCAGGUGCUGCACCAGUGACACACACGCCAACGACAAUCCCGACGGGAGGUGUACUGCCGCCCAUUCAACCAGUACAACCGCGAAUCGCUGCGUCACAAUUGGCAGCUCAGGCAACAAGUAAUCGACUGGACAUCAAUGCUGUCGGCCAAUAUAACGACAAGUCUAUCUUUGAGUUUGAUCUUGACGGAGCUGAAGACAAGCCGUGGCGCAAACCAGGCGCUGAUAUCUCUGAUUACUUCAAUUAUGGCUUCAACGAGGAGACAUGGCAAAUUUAUUGCGAGAAACAAAAAUCCAUGCGUGCUUCGGUUGGCAGCUCCGGAAUUGGUCGCACCGUGCCCCCUCUGAUUCCGCAGCUUGCCGGAGGAAGCGAUAUCAAACCACUGCGACCCGCUGGUUACACUGACUCCAACCGCAUUUCAAUAGGACGAGCAACGCGAAGGGCGGACGAAAGUGCUCUUCAAGUUCUUGGCGGCGAUCCUUCGGGCAGCUCAAUUCAGUCGCUGGUAAAUCUGGACGCCUCGUCCGUGCCAGCACUCCUUCCGCUCGCUCGAAAUAUGCCCCCUGUGGCGCCUCCGCUCGCGCCUCCUGCGGCAGCGGCGCCCGCACCACUGCAGCCGCUGCGACCCGCAUAUCCCGUGCCUGCUCCCGGCAUGGUGCACCCUGCCAUGAUGCAAGGCAAGAUGCCUCCUCCGCUCAUGAUGCCCAUGAUGCCCGGAAUGAUGCCGCCAGGCAUGAUGCCUCCAGGCAUGGUGCCCGGCAUGAUGCCCCCAGGAAUGCCACGACCACCAUGGGCUGCGCAAUCGCACGGUAGCAGCAGCCACAGCAGCCACAACAGUGAUGAUAGCGAUCGGUCUUCCAGCAAACGCUCAUCCUCGUCCGAAGACGAUUCCUCGCGCAAGCGAUCACGUCGCUGAAUGUUCAUCUGGUUGAUUGGACCUUUGGGUGUUGGCGCAAAUGUUCGUUUUUUUUUUUCACAAUCUAUUUCCGAAUCCACUUGUUUGAG